AUGCAGUGGGAUAACCGAGUAGAAAAAGUGGAUUUCAGCGAGUCGCAGAGAGGUUCUGAAGACAAGGACGCUAGUUUGCCAUGCACUUCUGCUGCUAAAGUUCUCCUUACUAGCACCACGUGCCCAUCACGGGUGCCGGACAAGAGUUGCAGCAGUGUCGCCGAACCUGUUUCUAGUAGCUCUUCCGGAGGUGGAAAUGUGGGCGAGGCGAGUGACACGGAUUCAGAGGAGGUUGAGAAUGGGAGUGACAUGAGUGAUAUUAAUCGCUACUGCAGGCAUGAGGCAUUGUUUUCUAAUUGCAAGGGUGUUAAUUAUUUUAUCAGAAGCGUGCCGCCACCAAAAACAGCGCGACGGAUGUCCGACGAACACCGCUGCGGUGAUGGUGAAAGUUUCGCUGGUUUGCAGGAAGGCGGGAUCUCAGAAAGACCUGCAAUGGUGCGAUUAACGAGGAGCUUGGUAUCAGAGAGGAAUGAUGUCAAUGAUGAUGACGUCCCGAAGGCAGUAGCGAAUUACAAUUCAUUCGGGAGUAGGGAACUACUACUGGGGCAUGACAAUUUGCAUCGUCUCGCACCCCUUGGCGAUGGAACAAUGUCCAACACCACUGUGAGCACUGACGAAAAUCGACUAAUGCAUCACGUACACUACCCCUGCUGUCAGGGACUUAGCACACUGACCAUGGAGAGCGACGGCUUCGUGGAUUAUGGGAACCAAAAUGUGAGGGAGUAUGAGAGCAUGGAACCCCACGUUCAACACGUCCCAGUUGAAAAAGGAAUACAUGCGAGUGAGUACGAUGCCUUGCAAUCAGUCCACUCAAACCUUGAUGCGGGCAUGCCACAUGUUAUGUUUCAAAGUGAAGGGAUCUCCACAUUGCAUGAGCGGCGACACCAUCGCCCUUACCACCAGAAGCAGGGUCAUCAUCCACCUGAACAACCGUUGUCUUUGUGCUUGGGGACUAAGUUGCGUUCCAAUGCAACCUUACGAUAUAGGACUGGGACACCCAGGGUGGAUUUUCGGCAAGCGUGGGAGCACCCACAGUUUCAAGAGCGGCAUUCUCAACAAAAGCAAAAACGACAACGACAGUAUAUAAACGGACCUCAAGAUGAAACCUCUCCAAGUGGGAAGACUGAUGCAUCACUUUUUCCAGCAUUACCAACAUUUAGCCCUACAUCUUUUGUGCGCGCGUACGUUGGGGAGAGGAAUUAUCCAUGGGAGGCGACAUUGGAUAACCGUCCUGCUCUCGUUGUCUCCUGCUGCGUGGCGGCAAUGAACUGGAUGGUGGUACAGUUUCUGCAGUAUCACGUUCUUGAGACUCGUGAUCAACUUGGCCUAUUUGUGAUUGGGACAUAUAUUAUAUUCUCGACCUACUAUAUGACGUACUAUUUUUUAGAGCGUUACUCACUCUCUUUUUCUCAGAUAUCUCAUGAUAAAAAGUUUUACACCAUUGCCAAUCUCAUAAAAGCGGGAAUUCUUGUCUCACUGGUUCCUUUUGCUAUUUCACAUCUUGGGAAUAUCAUUAUGUUUGACGUGUGGGACACCAAUACACUUCGUAAUCUGGGUUGCAUUUACACUAUUCCAGACUUUGUUUCUAUGAUUGUGGUGAAUAAGAUGAGUUGGUCUACGUGGAUACACCAUCUGUGUGUGUUGCUGUUUAACUUUUUUAGCACCAUGAAUGAUUACUCGCAGGAAAACAUCUGCCGCUGUGUUGUUGUCUAUGCAGCCUUUUCGACGUUUGCGUACUGCGUUAACGUGCUACUCGCGUCGCGCUUUCUUGGCGUAUCGCCCAACGUUGCACGUGUACUCUCAUUUGUCGCCGUGGUGGUGUACUUUUUAUGUUGUGCCACCAACUGGACCUGGCAAGUCUACUACCUGCGCAAGCUGCUGCGAGAGGGUCAUGGGCACUGGACCGUCUACGCUUACAUGCCUUUGAUAUGUCUAGUUAUUUACGACGAUAUUAUGUUGAAUAAGUGGCUGAUUCAUAACGCUAAAAGCAAUGCAGGUGCCGCAGCGAAUUACAGGCAAAACCAACACAGGCAACAACAGCAUCAACAGCACUCUGCAAGGGUUGUCCCUCGUGCAUGA